GCAUGCGCAGAAGUUAUAGUGAAGAUUGAAAUGAGACGCCAUGGAUGCUUGGCUUGGCCACUCUUUGUGUAGAAUAUAAUAUUAUUGCAACGAGGAGUUAUCGCGCACGGAUAUAGCAGUUUCACUAUAUGGUUUCUUGCAUUUCAAGUUUCAAUCUGAAGAGGUUAGGUCUAUUGAGAGCUCAAGGAAUGAAGACAAGCUAAAUGCUUCAAGAUGGUGCUAGACUUUGAUGUGAAGACAUUCUGCCAGAACCUACGGGCAACUAAGCCACCCUAUGAAUGCCCAGUGAAGACAUGCCGCAAGGUGUACAAAAGCUUCUCUGGCAUUCAGUUCCACAUGCACAACCACAACCAUGACUGUCCUGACUCGCCAGGUACAGGGGUGGCUGCCAGUCCUUCAGGCGGGGGAAGAAAGCCAGGCAAAAGGAACAAGAGCAGCAAGUGGCACCCGCGUCAGGCACGCCACUCCCCUUCUCCCCCAGAGUUUAGCCGCUCUCCUCAAAGAGACACACUUAGCUAUGUUGAAUCUCAAAGACUGGUUGAGAUUGAUUUUGAUGGUUGUCUGAGAAGAAUAGACAUCUACCAGCCUCUGGAAAUUAUCUCGCAAGACGAAAUUGAGAACCAAGACAAUACGGAAAAGGAAGAAAAUGCUGAAAAAAAUCCAUCGGGCAGACCAGUGCGUAACCUUGAGAGUAAAGCUCGCAAGGAGCCGCCAGCAGUGGGCAGCCUUCCUCCCGACAUAAAUCCCAACAAGCUUCCAGAGCCCACCGUUAAGGUUUUAGAUGAGUAUGUUAAGCCCAACAAAGUAACAUCUAGAGGCACCUCGUAUUACCGUUAUGUGGAGAAAUCUGUGGAAGAAUUGGAUGAAGAAGUUGAAUAUGACAUGGAUGAAGAGGAUCAUUCAUGGCUGGAGCUUGUAAAUGAGAAGCGUACUAGUGAUGGUGUCGCUGGUGUUGCUCAAGACACAUUUGAAAUUAUCAUGGAUCGUUUUGAGAAGGAGGCCUUCUUCCAAGGCCAGCACUCGGGCAAAGAGCAAGGUCCAUCUCUUGACGAUGAUGCAGUCUGCAGCAUUUGCAUGGAUGGCGAGUGCCAGAACAGCAACAUGAUUCUGUUCUGUGACAUGUGUAAUCUUGCCGUUCACCAGGAGUGUUACGGGGUGCCAUACAUCCCGGAGGGACAGUGGCUGUGUCGUCGUUGUCUACAGUCGCCCUCACGGGCUGUGGACUGUUGCCUCUGCCCAAAUAAAGGUGGGGCUUUCAAACAAACUGAUGAUGGCCGCUGGGCCCAUGUAGUGUGUGCUCUGUGGAUUCCGGAGGUAGGUUUUGCUAAUACAGUGUUCCUGGAACCUAUUGACUGUCUACAGCGAAUUCCUCCUGCGCGCAGAAAAUUAACUUGUUACAUUUGUAAGCAGCGUGGUGCAGGUGCAUGCAUUCAGUGUCACAAAACAAACUGCUACACAGCGUUCCACGUCACCUGCGCUCAGCAGGCUGGACUUUUCAUGAAGAUUGAGGCAGUCAAAGAGCCAGGUCCUAAUGGUAUUGCCGUCGGUGUAAGGAAAACUGCUUUCUGUGACGUUCACGCUCAGCCCUGUGUUGACAAUUCCAUGUUCCCCGAUGAUGAAAAGAAAUCUGGGUCAAAAGAAGAUGCCAGAGAGCUUGCCAGAAUCAAGAUGAGGAAAGCCAGAAAGAUACUUGCCCAAAAGCGCAACGCCAUACCAAAUGUGUCAAUUCCUAUCAUCCCAGAACAAAAAGUGACCAACAUUGCGUCUCUCAUUGCUGUUCCGAAAAAAGAUGACUUUAUGAGAGCAUUGAUGAGUUACUGGACUUUGAAAAGACAGUCACGGUUUGGAGUACCUCUUUUGCGGAGGUUGCAAUCCAACCACAUGAGUAGGAAUAGAGAGCAUUCCAGAAAUGAUAAACAUAAUAUUGAGAUGAGAGAAAAGUUAAAGUAUUGGCAACGUCUACGUCAAGAUUUGGAGAAAGCUCGGCUUUUGGUGGAGCUUAUCAGGAAAAGGGAAAAGUUGAAGCGUGAAUUGGUCCGUGUUUAUCAGCAAUCCUUAGAGUACAAGCUACAACCAUUCCUCAUGCUCCUGCGUAACACCUUGAAUCAGCUGCAAGAAAAAGACACAGAAGAUAUUUUUGCAGACCCAGUCUCCGAAGAAGAGGCGCCCGACUACCGAGAUGUGAUCAAGCACCCAAUGUGCUUCUCCGUGAUGAGGAACAAGGUGGACACUCACAGGUACAAGUCAAUGGAGGCGUUCGAGUCUGACUUCAAGCUGAUCAUCCACAACUGUUGUGCUUACAAUGCCAAGGAUACUGUCUUCUACAGGGAGGCAAUGCUUUUGAAGGAAGAGGGCAUAGAGAUUAUACGAGAUGCCAAAAGUGUGGCAGAGCAAGUUGGGUACGAGUACAAAUGUGGCCUGCAUUCUGACCCAUCCAGUGUGACCAAUGAGUCCACGGCACCAUCAGAAGAACUGGACUCAAUUAUUGCUGAUGUGAAACCAGAUGCUCCAUAUGAAGACCAGCUACAGGCUUUAUUGUCAAAGUUAGAAGACUGCAGCAAAACUCUAAAAGGAGGUAAAAAGAAAAAAAUUCUCAAGAAACUCAGAUCUGAAAUAGCUGUAGUGCGACGAAAGCUUGCACUGGACCAGAAGAAAAAAGGCAGGAAGCCAGUGAACAAGGUGAAAGAGGCAGCUGUGGAUCAGAAAGAGGAACAAGAAGACACGGUGAAAGAGGAGGACAACUCUACCAGUGUGAAGGAGGAGACCAAGGACCAAGCUCUUCUGACAGUGGAAACAGAGAGCAGCAUCCCAGUCAAUGCCACCCCUACAACCACGAAAACACCCAGAGGACGUUACACACGCUCACCUUCAAGGUCUCCACUUGUUCCAACCACCCAGUCAAGGCCAGUUUCUGCCCGUGGUGGACGAGGGAGGGGCCGGGGACGUGGGGGCAGAGGCAGAGGAGGUGCAUCUUCUGUGCACCGUGAGGUGGCCGAGACUCCAGGGAAACCAGGGGAGAAGACUGACAAAGAGACAAACAAGUCCAACACUGGCUCCCCUCUACAUACACGAACAGAAACCAAGGAUAAGGAUAGUACUCCCACCAAGGGCAGUGCCCAUACACCAUCACCAGCUGGCGUGAACCGACGUACAGCCGUGCUCUUCAACAGCAAGAAGGGACGCAGCACACCAGUACCAAACCUCUCCUCUACCUCAUCGGCUUCCUCGAGCGCAUCCUCUGCCUCAAACACGUCUACAGCCAAGAAAGGAUCAGGGCGGGGUGCAAAGACCAGGCAGCAUCACCAGCAACAGCAGCAGCAGCAACAGAAAGAACAGCAGCAGCUUCAGGUGAAGGUGAACGAGUCGUCUGCAGCUGCGUUGAUGGCUGAGGAUGCCCCGCUGAGCCCUCACUCGGGCAGGGGACCAGCCAGUCCCACUAGCCGCAAGAGGUCGUCCAGUACAGCCGGGCAGCCCGCAGAGCCCACUGAUCCCGUGGUGCAACCCUCCCCGACAAAGAGAAUCCCUACAGGGGGGUCUUCUUCUGCCAACGCCACUGAACCAGCUCCUUCUUCGUCCAUCCACAUUGGAGGACCUGACAUAUGCACAGAAAGUUUCAAGUCUUACCGGGUGAGGGGCAACAUCCGCAGCAGCUCAGAAUCUGAUACAACUGAUGAACUUAGCAGCGGGGACGAGUCCUUGUCUGACCCCAGUUCCGAAACAUCCAGCAAUCACAGCCCUUGUGAACGUAGCCGCAGCACCGGCCUCAGGGAAGGGCCCGAGGGUUCGGAUCUGGCGGAGAGCACAGAAGGCAUUUCGCCGGCCACCUCGCCCGCCCCAGCAGGCCGUGCCCGUCGCAGUCCCAGUGUGGACUCUGACGAGCUCAUCACGCUGGAGCCGCUGGACCUGGUCUGGGCCAAGUGCCGAGGAUACCCGUGGUACCCAGCACUGAUCAUCAACCCGAAAAUGCCCAAGACUGGCUACUUCCACAAUGGUGUUCCAAUCCCUGUCCCCCCGGAUGAGGUGCUGGAACUGCAGAGCAAAUACUCCGAGUCUGUCUACCUGGUUCUUUUCUUUGAUACCAAGCGCACAUGGCAAUGGCUGCCGCGUAGCAAGCUGGAACCUCUGGGGGUCAACUCGGACCUGGACAAAAGCAAACUGAUGGAGAACAAAAAGCCCAAUGUGCGCAACGCGGUGAAGAAAGCCUAUGAGAAGGCCAUCAUCCACCGGUGUCGCGUGCGAGGCGACCCCAACCCCCUGUCAGAUGACUCCAGCUCAGACAACAACCAGUAGUCUUUGUCCAGUUUGUGUUAUCAUAUUGGAAAUUGUGAUGUCUACCAAGUUAUCAGGGCUGUUAAUCAUUCUGAUUGUCAAGUGUGUGCAUAGUCGAUAACUGAGAUAUUUGUAUAGGAUCUGUACCGGGCUCAUGUAUACAGGUCGGUUUGGGGGGAUUUGCAGAAUUGUACUUUUGAAGUCUUUGUUAAUAUAUAUACACAAGUCGUUGUUGUAUUGUGAUGUGCUUACUGUGAAAGUGUCCAGAGACACCUCCCUAUGUGUGAACUGAAUGCUGUUGGAGAUGGUAGUGGUUCACGAGAGAUGUAAGAGUUGUUGGAUGAAUGAAUGCUCAUGUUGAACAAUGAAUGUUAACUUCCCCCCAUUUUGGCCAACUGGACCAGAGUUCUGUCCCUUAUUCCUGUGAUGCAAGUGUCAUAGUUCUUUUGUGAAGUAACAAAUGAAAUGCACAAAUUUGAAUAAUUUUAUACUUUGAUGUCAUUUCUCCAUGAAUUUAUACAGUAUGUUUUUUUUAUUCUUUUAAAAAUAUUUCAUUGAGAUGGGCUUCUUUGUUGGUGUUUUACACUUUUUGUUUGUUGAUUUGUUUUCUAGUUUGAAUGUUUGAAACGAAAUAGCAGUGUUAUGAUGUUGUCCUCUUUGUUUCUUAGAAUUUCUAUAAGACAGGAUCUUGAACUUGGAAACUUGAAAAUUCGGUUGACAUGAGUGUAAUCUAUAUUUUUCCAUAAACACUUUGUCCAGUGAUGGUGGCUUGGCUUGUAGUUGUAUAUAUAUAUACACCAAACAAAGACUGUAUCACAGGUCUUUUUUCGAGGGUUGCAAAUGAGCUUUCCAACUGAAAUACAAGGAGAAUGUACCGGGUGGCGGCAUAAAGUACAGUUGUGCAAAGUUCUGUCACGGUUUGUAGCACUGUUUUUGAGAGUUGUAAAAUUUGAUCAUGUGAUGACACGUAUGAAAAUCGAGGUGAUGUUUGGUAAACCAUAUUGAUUCUUGUCCAAAAAUAACCUGUCACACUCAUGUGGCAUUGAGGAGGUGGGGAGGGGGGGGGGUUAGCUUGUAACUAGUUAAUAAGGCUACUUGUCUGGUGGGUAAAGUCUUAUGGUUGAAUGCUUUUUGCAUUUUAGAGGGUAAAGGGUGUGUACUUUGUUGAAGAGCCAUUAUUAGGAAGGAAUGUUCAGACCUUUGGAUAAUGUUUCAUUAUUUAUUUUGGUGAAUUUGAACCCAAAUUUUUGCAUAGUGUCUUUCUAAACAUAAAUUAUCAAGGUUUCAAAUGAUACAAUAGCUGUUUUACUUUUAUGUUGAUAAUGUGUUGUCCUGCUGCCUAUUUUCUGAAAGCAGCGUUGCAUCCCACUAUAAUCCUCGACAGUAUUAGGGUGAAGCAUUUUUCUCUAGCAUAUUUCAGCUUGAACAGUACUUUAGUGAGUCAUUUUCUAGUCGAAGCAACGGCUAGCAAAGAGUAACAAAGUAAACUUCUUUUUUUUUUCAGUUGAUUUGGGCAUGUAGCAUUACUGCUUGAGAUAAAUAUUCUGAUUGUUAAAAGGUUGAGAGUUUGCUGUCCAGGGACCAGUGUGGAUGUUUGUGUACCACCAGAACUUAACUGGUGCAGUUCAGUUCCACUGUCAUUACUGCCACCUCUGUCAUGAUAUCUUUUCUGAAUGUGAAGAACUGAGGCUAAACCCACUUCUUUCUCUUUCAGCCGUUUGCCCCUGGCAGUUUUUGCAACCAGGUUUGCCCCCGGUUUUUGAAAAACGGUGACUAGAAACCAACUUCGUAUAAUUUUCCAACUUGUAUGUUAAUGGAUUUGUCCUGAAUUUUCUUUGCAGAGUGUCUUUCUAAACACAACUGAACAAGCUUCAAGAGCUGUUGAGAGUCACUAUUUUUCUUUUGAUGCUCCCUUUUUUUGUCAUAAGGGGUGUUUACUUUUUUUUUGGGUUAAAGUCACUGAAUGCUGUUUGUAUUUCAUUUAAAAAAUAACAUGCAAACUGAAUUGUACACAUGCCGGGGUUUAAAAGCAGCAAACUCUUCAGCGCUGGUUUUUUGGGGUUUUAAAAAAAUGAUUUCUGUCAAGCAUGAUUCCUUUACAUUAUACAUUUUUACUUUUAAAAUAAAGAUUGCAGAUUUGUGUAAUGUCCUUUUGUGCAAUUGAUCAGUGUUGUUGUGAUGAGUUUUCUCCAGUUUUGUGUCAUUUGUUCCUGGCCCAUUGUAGAGCUGCCUGAGGAAUGGUUUGCAAAGCUUGGUGUGGAUUGUGUACCUCUGAAGCAGUGAAACCCUGUUAUAGCAUAGUUUGAGGUGUCCGGCAGUUACGCUAAGUCUGCGGUUUGAAGUUUGUUUUCCAAGUGACAUUGAUCUGAUAUCAUCAGAUAUGCCAACUCUUGCUUUAGCUCAGAUGUUACACUUUUAACAUCUUGUUAGUUCAAACUUCUUGUGAGUUGCCUGCGGCGGAAAAA